AUCGAUCUGUCGAACACUACGAUUCAUCGAAUUGUUGGCAGUUUCUAACACAGUGUUUACUACGCAGCGUCGCAUACACAGUAGUUUAAAAGUGUACAGGUGAAGUGAACGUAGUUUUAUUGUUUCAAGAAAGUGUCAACAGGUACUGGUAUAUUAUACAGGAAAUGUGCUAUUUGUGCAACGCUUACAAUUUGUCUGCUUUUAACUUUUGAAGAGAAUUGACCAGUAAAACGAGCGGAACAUCACCAUGCGUAUGUUAAUAAGAAGUUUCUGUUUGGUGACUCUUGCCCUAAUAACAAUGUCAAAAGCAGAGAAAAAUGCUGAAGCUCUGCGCUCCGUUGUGGAGAGUGCAAAUCAAUUUAAUUCUCCAUUUUUCCAGACUGUUGUAAAACACAAUCCUGGCAAUCUUAUAACAUCCCCUCUAAGCGUAAGUGUUGUACUUGCUAUGGCUGCUUUUGGAGCUCGUGGAAACACAAAAGCACAGUUCAGAAAUGUACUUCAUCUACCAACAUCAGAUAGUCUUGCCACAUCUGGUUAUCAGUCACUUAUUGAUAAUCUCAAUAAUGUGAAAGACAAUAAAUUGGCUGUUGCAAAUAAAGUCUUCGUAGCUGCAAGUUUAAAUUUGAAACCAAGUUACAAAAAUUUGACUGAAGUUUAUUUCCGCUCUUCUUCUCAAUUGGUAAACUUUGCUCAAAGUCGGGAAGCUGCAAAUAUUAUUAAUAGUUGGGCCGAACAAAAUACAAAUAAUCUCAUUAAAGAACUUAUUACUGCUGAAAUGCUAGAUGACACGACAAGGUUGGUACUUGUCAAUGCAAUAUAUUUUAAAGGCCAAUGGAAAAUUAAGUUCGACCCUGAGUUAACGAGCGAUAUGCCAUUUCAUACUAGUAAAGUUGAAGUAAAAAAUGUUCCUACAAUGUAUAGACAAGAUGCUUAUAAAUACGGAGAACUUUCAGAUUUAAAUGCUAAAUUCGUUGUAAUACCAUACAAGGGUGACGAAUUGAGUAUGAUCAUAAUUCUUCCAAAUGAAAUUGAUGGUUUGUCUGAUGUUGAGAAAAAACUACAGAAUACAAGUUUAACGAACAUUCUAAGUCAAGGAGACAAGGAAGAAGUGGAAUUAUGGUUACCAAAGUUCAAGGUGGAAAGUAUGCUUGAACUCAAUGAUGUCUUACAAGAGAUGGGUUUGACUGAUGCGUUUACUACAGCUGAUUUUUCUGAGAUUGCUGAUGGUGAAAAUUUGUAUAUCAGUGAUGUUAUACAAAAGGCAUACAUUGAAGUGAAUGAAGAAGGAAGUGAAGCUGCCGCUGCUACUGGAGUGGUACUUACAUAUUACUCGUAUCCCAGUUCGACUCCAAUGCAAAUUGAUCGGCCGUUCUAUUAUGCUAUUUAUAAAAACCAAACAGAAAGUCGGGGAGACAUCGUAACGCUAUUCAGUGGACACGUUAAGGAUCCUUAAAAACAUUAUUCUGUGGUUCUGUUAACGAACAAAAAGUCCAAGGACAGUAAUGUCAUAAUUGCAAUAUCAUAGUAAUGUGAUAAAUACUUCGUAUCCUUCGUAGUUAUAGGCAUUCUAAUAAUAGCUUGUGUCGCAAUAAAUGUAUUGUAUUCGCUUCAAA